CACAUUCAGUCUCGACUCGGGCCGAGUUCGCGUGGGUAGGGCCUACGCACCAUUCCGGCAAUAAAACCCUAAUCAUCCAAUAGAAGUAAAUAAUACAGCGCAGUGAAAAUAGCAGUAUUUCCUUUAACUGCGACGCGUAUUAAUGCGGCAAUUGUAGAGUUUGGUUGUUCUAUUUUUGAAUUUUGGCGCGUCUAGCCAGCUAGUGAGCAAAUGGCUUUUAUGGUCGCCAGCGCGAACUUUGAAGGCUCGAGAAAAGAGUUUCUAGUUUAGAUAUUAGAAUUAUUGUGUGUUCGAAAAGUUUAACAGUGGAUCCAUUUGUAAAAAGGAAAAUGAAAAUUUUCAAGAAGAAGCUCCGUUUCUCGAUAGCUUCAAGCUACAUCUAGACUUUUGCGUGUAGUUUAAGGUUUUUUAUAAGUUUUGGUGUGCGCCUACUCACAUAUCAACAGCGACUAACCUGUUUCGUCACAGAAGAUACUAUCAAUACAAUGUACAAGAGGACGUGUAACAUCGUCUGCCUUUUGGCGUUGGCUGUAUCAGUUUGUGCAAAAGAGAUUAAUGUACCAGUAAUAAUAGAAACAACAACAGAAUAUAAACCGGAAUUGGUUGCCGACAAGCAAAAAGCAGCGGAAGACAUGACCGACCAUAACCAUAGACUACCAUUCCGAGAUGACGACAAAGGCUUGGAUGAUGUUAUAAUAGAUAAUGAUAACAUAAGUGAAACGACACAUGAAAAAGUCAUAGACAGCAGUGAGCAAAUAAAAAUACCAGAAAGCGCUUCUAAAGUUCUACUACCAAUAGUAUCAAAUUUAUCUUUCAAUGAUUUUAAGUAUCAAACUAAGCUAAGAAAUAAUACGGGAAGUGGAAAAUCAGACAAUGUACAAGCCAAGAAAGCUUCUAAGAGAAUUGAAAAGAAAAAUGACCUAAGAGCUCAUGUACAGUAUGAUGAAGUAACUGGAGAAUUGAUUGGUGGAGAUCAUCCAUGCCAUCGAGAAUGUAAAGAAGGGGAAGAACCCAUGAUUUGUUAUUAUCAUUUUAAUUUAGAAUGGUAUCAGACUAUGAGCAAAGCUUGUUACGACUGCCCAUACAAUGCGGAAGAUUGUAAGCGUUUAGACUGUAUUCCAGCGGAUGGUAUGAAUAGAGCAUUGAAUGUUGUUAAUAGAAAAAUGCCUGGACCAGCAAUAGAGGUUUGCCAACACGAUAGAAUUAUAGUAGACGUGGAGAACGACCUGAUGACGGAAGGUACCACAGUGCACUGGCAUGGUCAGCACCAAAGAGGAACACCUUACAUGGAUGGGACCCCUUACGUCACGCAGUGCCCUAUAUUGCCGGAAUCUACCUUUAGAUACCAAUUUAACGCUACGCAUUCAGGAACACAUUUCUGGCACUCUCAUUCGGGAAUGCAACGUGCGGACGGCGCAGCUGGUGCUUUUGUCAUACGAAAACCAAAAUCUCAAGAUCCGUUUGGAGAGAUGUAUGAUUAUGAUAGAUCUGAACACGUCAUGAUAGUAACGGAUUGGAUCCACCAGAUGUCAGUAGGGAUGUUCACCGAUCACCACCAUUCCUCUGGUGAUAACAAACCGCCGACUCUCCUCAUCAACGGUGUAGGACGCUUUAAUAUCUUCAACGAAACUGCAAAACUGACAUCAAACAAACCCAUGUAUAUGCAAGCUGCUAGGUUUAAUGUUGAACAGGGCUAUACGUACCGGUUUCGCGUGAUCAACGCCGAGUUCCUUAACUGCCCUAUAGAGAUGUCAGUAGACGGACAUAACAUCACUGUGAUCGCCUCCGAUGGAUAUGAACUGGUACCCAUUACUGCCACUUCCCUCGUCACAUACGCCGGCGAACGCUACGACUUCUUGCUGAAGGCGAAUAACGAGAUUGAUAACUACUGGAUCCGAUUCAGAGGACUUAUGGAUUGCGAUGAAAGAUUCACGAAGGCAAAACAAGUAGCCGUACUACACUAUGAAGGCGCUAUGGAGACAGAGCCGACAGGUGACCCCACCUGGGAAGAAUUGCACAAUGAAGGACUGCAACUUAACGCUUUAAACAAAGGAGAAGAAGAAGACGAAACUAUAAGUGUGGCUGAAAUGAAAUCUCUAGAAGGAUAUGAUGAGAGUUUGAAGGAACACGCAGACUACCAGUUCUACGUAGCUUAUGACUUCUAUGCUAAGAACAAUUCACAUUUUCAUCGUUCCCCCUACUACGGAUAUUAUCAAGUUCCGGAAAAAGAUGAUCGUCUCUAUACACCACAACUAAACCACAUCAGUAUGAAAAUGCCUUCAAGCCCACUUUUAAUAACUCGCCCAUCACCAGAAGGUUUUUGCAAUUCAUCAAGUAUAUCCGAAGACUGCAAACACGGCUACUGCGAAUGCUCUCACGUGCUAUCAGUAAGAAAAAAUGCUGUGGUAGAAGUAAUUAUUGUUGAUGAGGGCGUAACUUUUGAUGCAAACCAUCCAUUCCAUUUGCACGGACACAAUUUCAGAGUAGUCGGUAUGAGACGUUUAUCUAAUACGACAACUAUAGAAGAAGUUAAAGCGUUUGAUGACGCAGGGCUUUUAAAAAGGAAUUUAAAGAAUGCUCCGCUUAAAGACACUGUUACUGUACCAGAUGGAGGCUAUACCGUCAUACGUUUCAAAGCUGAUAAUCCUGGUUAUUGGCUGUUCCAUUGUCAUAUAGAGUUCCACGUGGAAAUUGGUAUGGCUUUAGUUUUUAAGGUUGGAGAGCAUAGAGAUAUGCCGCCAAUACCUCACGAUUUUCCAACUUGUGGUAAUUAUAUGCCUGAUAAUAUGUUGGAGCAUGCGACCACAUCAAAACCAAAUCCAAGUGAUAACCCGUUAAUUUCAAUAACACAUUGGUGGCCAGUAGUUUAUGUGAAUGGCACUACGUCAUCAGCUAUUGUUUUAAGAUCGCCAGCUUUCAUUUCAUUAUGUUUAGUAGGUUUAUUUAAUUUAGUAAUUGGUACGUAACUUUAUUGUUUAAAAUUUCUCUACACCACCAAUUAAUUAUUUUUGUUGUUUUAAGUGACUGUUCAGAAGGGAUUUUAGCGUAUAAACACCGCUGGUACAUAAAUUAAAAACAAAUGAGACAUGCCUUAAAAAGUUUAUCUUGUAGGAAAACGAUUGAAAUUGUUUUUACGACUGAACGAAGCUCUAAAAAUGUUUUUCUACCCUCACCUGAUAGUUUCUGAGCAAUUCAACAAAACAAAACUUCAGUUUUAUAGUAUUAGUAUCGAUUGUACGAGUAUAUUGGUAUUUAGGUAAAAGGUUUUUAAGUUAUGGUUCCUAUUGUAUUUCUAGGUGACUAGCCAAUAUUUAUACGUAUGGAUAAAUACGGUUUUAGCUGCGGCUAUUUCAUAAGGGUUUUCACAUACAAUCAGUUCAAGUGAAUAUAAAGAAAGUGUAUUACUUCCAACUAUUCCUUUUGGUGCUUUUGCUUCCUAACUCUGUCAAGGCUCCUACUAAUUGGUAUUAUUUAAAAUAGAUAGGGACCGUUAUUUUUCUUCUGUAUCGGAUAGAUGAAAAAACUCCUCAGCGACGAUAAGAAAUUACUCACAAAAAAUGCAGUGGUUUAGUUGUAGACAUUUCAGACAACUUAUGAGUAGUUUUUUAUGAAAUAUAUUGAAAGUAACUCUUGAAUUCAUAGGCGUGUGAAGUUGACAGACUAAACCUUUGUUGUUCUGAGAGGAGACCUAUGCUAUAUAUAUUAUUGAAAUAAAAUAUAGAGUAAUAUUAUUUGUGCUAGCUUAAAUUUAUUUAUCGUUUGGAGCAUCUCUUGUGUACAGUCUCUUAUUAUCUAGUAAAGAAUAUUUAGUUUUUUUUAUUACAACUGCUAAUCAAUUUGGUAUGUCAAAUACGAAUGUGUACUUAUUAUUUCAAUGUUAUUUAAUUUAUUUGUAAAACUAACGUAUACGAUAUACGCGUAUUUAUUAAUUCAAUUAUUUAAUUUAUUUAUUGGAUAGUACUUAUAUUUGCCAAUUAUAUUUGUAAAAAGAACUUCAAAAAGUUAAGCGGAACAACAGCAUUAUAUAAGUUAAAGUUUUAUAUCUGUUGCAAAUAAUGGUAUCUAUUCAGAUCAUUACUAUUAAUGGCAACGUUAGAGAAAAAGUUGACGAUGAAAAUUGUUAUAUACAUAAAAUAACGUUAGUAAAUAUACCUAGUAGUAAUUUAGAAUAAAUUGUAAAGUAUCGAAGGAGUAGGCAUUAAUUAGGCUGAAACCUACUGUUAGUAAACGCUUUACACUCUGCGAUUUCAUAACCUAUGGUAACUUGAUACCACGUUAUUCUGUAUACGUUUUGAUGUUUUAUUCUAAAUUACUUUUAUAAAGUGUCCCACACAGUGGCGUCGUAUUAAAGCAAAUAAAAGGAGUGUUUUCACUUUUAUUAUGAUUUUCUAAGUAGUAGAUAAAUUGAGAUGUGUUGUGUGAUGUGGCACCUAUGAUGUUUUAAGUUAAUCAAGGCCUAACUCAGACAAACGAUUUUAGUCUAUAAGUUAUAAUCGGAAAAAACCAUAUGAAAAUUAUUAGAUAUAGUUAUCGCAACUUCGUUCGUCUGUGAUGGGCCUAAAGUAAAACCUUGCCAAAACCGAGGGCAUUUUGAAAAAAUGUUCUCUUUGUAUUACUUCGAGUGUAAUGGACGUCGCUGAUGAUAUGUGAUAUUAUUUAGUUAAGUUUGUUUUAAGUUAUGUUUGUAUUAAAGUUACUGUUGUAAUAUAAGUAAAUAAUAUUUUAUGGACAAGAAAACAUAAAUUUCAUUUAAACUGUAA